AUGGGUGAUACGAAUGGACAAGUAGUAGCUGGUGGCAAUGGCCAAGGAAAUCGAUUGGAUCAAUUGCAUGAUCCAACCGAUGUGUUGAUCGACAAAGAGACGGAUAGUCUCAUUAUUUGUGACCGGGACAAUCGACGAGUCGUACGAUGGUCUCGUCGUCGUGGUACAACUCAAGGAGAAAUCCUUAUCGACAACAUCGAUUGUCGAGGAUUGGCCAUGGAUGAUCAGAGAAAUCUCUACAUCUCUGACUACAAGAAAGAUGAAGUAAGACGAUAUCAAAUAGGAGACAAGAAUGGAACUCUUGUGGCUGGUGGCAAUGGCAACGGUGUUGGUCUCAAUCAACUCAACUGGCCGACCCACAUCUUUGUCGAUCAACAACAGACUGUCUACGUGUCAGACUGGGACAAUCAUCGUGUGAUGAAAUGGAAUAAAGGUGCAAAAGAAGGAAUUGUCGUCGCUGGAGGUCAAGGUCAAGGGAAUGCUCUGACACAAUUGUCGAAUCCUCAAGGGCUGUUCGUCGAUACAUUGGGUACCAUCUAUGUGGCAGACUCGAAUAAUCAUCGAGUAAUGCGUUGGCCUAAAGGAGCGAAACAGGGCACUGUUAUUGUGGGUGGAAAUGGUUCCGGAGAAGGAGCAAAUCAGUUCAACUAUCCCGUUGGUGGAUUUAUUACAACAGAAAAGAAUGAAACAAGAUAUAUUCUUCUUUUGAAUAAAAAUUUAUUUAUAUCGACAUAUCUAUUCUAUACACAUCAAGAUCAACAAUUUGUUAUUCAUGUGCAAGUAGAUUUUAGAAAACUUUAUGCUAAAACAAUGGAUGUGAUUCAUACAUUAGAUUUAAAAAAAAUGAAUAAUCGUUGUUAUACUUAUCAUAAGUCUUCACUUAUUAUAUGUUUAAAUUUUAGUGGUCUUCAUAAAGCAAAGAAACGAAAUAGGAAUGGUCGAAUAGUUUCGAUUCAAGUAAACAAAUGA